AUGUUGUUUCUACGAUUUGCUUCUUUCCUAGAACUCUACGGACAGCCAAGUUGGUGGGGCGACGGUGAUUCUGACGAAGGUGGUAGUGCUGCGGGUAGAGAGAAGGAAAAACGUCCACUUUCUCGUCCAUGUUCUGUUGAGCCUUCACGCAAAGUGUCUCCCAAUGGCCACACCUCCAUUACCCCUCAAGAUAAGGGUAAAAAAGUUGCCGAAUCAUUUAUAAUUGAAUUGGAAGCCACUGUUAGAGCUACUCCGCGUCGCCAAGCUGAAGCGUUUACUAUUGAUCUCAAAGGUGAAGGGGCUAGCAGUUGUGCAUCAGGAAGUGUCUGCGUUCCAGAGCGACUUCGUAGAGCUCUUCAAGAGCGACAGCAAUCUCAGAAAAAGCAUUCCAUUCCCACCGAUAGGCCUUCCACUGCGCCAAUUAAUAAGAAAACUCCACUUAAAAAAGCUGGGGAACCACCCAGACUGCAGUCCAAGUCGGGUCAAGUUGGAGUUACUAAGCUACCUGCUCGACCUAAGACUGGGAUUCCCAGGUCACCUGCUGCCUCCCCUAUCGCUUCUCCUAAAAAUAUUCCCAGACGUACCACAGGGACUGCCCCCGUAGCUUCUAAAGUUAAAACAACUGGAAUAACACCGGCUACCACUAUUCAGAAAAAGGAGUCAACAAAUUCUAAAACUCCCCACCCUCCCAAUCCCCUGACUCAACGAAAUCGAAUUCCCCUUCGUCAAGCGCCUUCUAAAACCCCCGCGGUAACUAAAGCUAACGGCACACGAAAGAACGCGACUGGUCGUGCUGAAGCUUCUCCCACUCUUCCUAGUCUUUCCGCAUCUCCUUCUGCCGUGAAAACUUCGCGUCUAGGAAAUAUUCCGGGAACACCUGUGGCCUCAACUGUUCAAUCUAAUCGUGCCCUUCUAAAGCGUGGAUCUGGACCAAUCUCAGAGGUAUCAGGUAUCAAGCGAUCUGUGGGUAGCCCCGUGACACGGCAAAUCACAUCGUCUGUUCGCACUGCGUCCGGUGUCGGCGGUAGACAAGCUACUCCAACCAGAACAACUGUGUCGGAAAAUAAACGCCUGCCAUUGGCAUCACAGAAUACUACUCGUGUCACUAAAGCUCCAGCUGUACCGAAUGCUCAUGCCACUGCAGCCACACAUCGGCAGAAACCAACUCGACCGCUAUUCAAUAGCAUCAAGAAGCCCAUUACCACAACUACUACAUCCACGAAUUCUAGCACAAGUAUCAUCGGGCUCCCAACUAAACCCAUAUUAAACGGGAGCACCAUCUGUGAUCCUCUUAUUCAGGAGAUCUGGUCUUACAAAGAAGCAAAGGAUUACGUUUUGGAAAAGAUGUUCCAGGGUAUUGCUGCUACUUACAAUUCAAUGACAUCUUCCAAAUCAACCACCCAAUCAAUUUUCGAGGAAUUCAAAGCCGCGGCAACACAAUCAGCCGCUACUACAGCAGCGAUUAAGGCCGUUGCUGGUAUGACAGCGCCUACCCCUAAACCCGCAUCACCGAUUAAUUGUACCCCCGAAGAGAGACAGGAGCUACAGUUGUUCGAACGCGUCGAAGCAGAAAUCGAUAAACUCGGCGGGGAUGGUGAUGAAGAGGCGCUAGUUAAAGCUUUGAGUCCUUUGGUUGAAGACUUCGGCAAAACUUGGAUCCGUGGAAAGAAUGUCAGCAAGUCUGUGGAAGUCUUCCAUACUCCUAUUGAAAAACUCCCAGUAGUAGAUAAUUCUAGCGAUCCUAACCUCGGUGUUCAGAUCAUGAGCGCCGCGGCUUCCACCGUGACCCUGGAGAACCCCCUGACUAAUUCAGGAGAUCACAAGGCCGACCCUGAUUCCUUGCAGAAUGCUGAAUCGUUUCAGAGCAUUGCUGAAACUUAUGUUCUAGAUGCGAAUGAUACUUUGGCUGCGGAAGGAAUUCCUCCUGUUGUGAUAUUUGAUUCCAUGGAGAAAUUACACAUGGAGGCCAGGGACAAGACGGAUAUAAUGGAGACAUCGAAUACCUGUACACUACCUUAUCAAGAGACAUCUACAAGUGGAACUCCCUUACAUGGAGAAGAAUCUGACGAAAUACAGGCUCUGGAGAUUUUUGAAAAAGAAAUCAAUGAUGAAUUCAAGGCCGAAGCGGACUCUUUGUCCUUAAGUGAGGAUUUGGACGCCAAAUCUAAUGGUAGCGGAAGUGGGCAGAUUAUCGGAAAUUCUAGACGUCAGGAAGCUUCCGCUGUUCCAGAAUAUCUAGUAAAAACACCCUGCUGGUCGGAAAAACGUGAGGGCUCAAAGAAAUCACAAAAUCAAAGUCGCCCUGACAAGUCGUGGACAAUUUCAGCGCCAAAAUCAGAGGCUUCAAAGAAAACUGAUUCACACUUUGUCAUCUCAAAGCACGCCACUUCUCCAGAUCAAGUAUCUUAUAACUCAAAGAAUUCCGGCGCUGUUUAUCCUGAUGAAAAGGCAGUUGGCUAUCCAGUCUCACAAAUAACUCAAACCUCCGGUGUCUCUCAAUCCACAAAUACCUCCAACCAACUAGCAGCCUCCAAGACCCUGCCAACUUCACAUGGUCGAAUAUUUGUCGCUGACGACCCACCUGAUUUCCUGAAUGGAGGCUCCACAUCAACUUCCUCAUCAUCAUCCUCCUCACCGCUGAUUGAUCACUUCAAAGAGAAGUUCCUUCAACCGAAAAUUCAGCCCACUCAUCAAAUUGCUUCAUUUAGUUUCGAUAGGAGAGGUAAUGGAAACAAAUUUUUUAACUCUUCAUGCCUUAGAAUUUGGUUCUUGAAAUUAAAAUUUUAG